GUAUUGUUGGUAGUUCAUAUUUCGACAAGUACUCUUGACUCUUGACUUGUGCAGUUGUUCGUCAGCCUAGCGAAACUUGUCACCCUAUUAAGGGAUUCAUCCAUUCAUUCAUUGUUGAACUAGAACCUCUUGCGUAGUACAGACACAGAGCAUGAAAUCAACCUAUUUUGCUUUACUCUACAAUUUGCAAAUCAAGAAAACUCAAGUACUUUCUUUCUUUCUUUCUUUCUACUUGGUAAAUCAGACUUCCAAAGAGUCGAAGACGAGUCAUCCAUCGACUUGGGUACUAUAUUUACUUGUACUACCUACCAUUCAACAUUCAAAACGCGCACGCAAACGCAAGGCUUCUGGCAACGAGAUCCGCCACGCUAAGAAGCAUCCAACCCAACAACUUCCGUACUUCAGCCUCUUUACAAUCGGAGCUUCCAAAAGCUCGGCUUCUUCAACUUUCAACCAUUCCCCACGUUCAACAACAAUUUACAAUACUUUUACACAUCAGGCUGUGCAGCUUUGCCUGCUACAGUACUUCGGUGAGGGAAAAUGCCUUGCUUCAAAGGUAUUGCCGUCAGUGUCCAUGCCGAAGGAUCACCACUACCUGAGUAUGGUGUAAUUAAACAAUCAAGAUUCAGUCGUAUUAACACAUUCAUCCCCGUGCCCCAACCAAAGAUUCCCCGCGAUUCGACCACGAACAAGCCUGAAGCCGCCAAAUUUGCUAUCUCAAUUACGUUGUUAACACCAGGUCUUCCGAUCCCUUAUAGCACACCGAAAGCAACUCCUUCGAACCCUUAUCCUCAACCCCAAACUGUUGCUGGCUUGCCUGGCUUUGGAGAGAAGACAAAUUUCAAUGGUCAAGUCGGGCCCUACAUACCAAUCACCAAAUCGGAAAAUGAAACAAUCGCUGCAUACAUCUAUUUCGAUGGCAGAGCAAAAGAAGAAGUGGCAACGCUUUUACGACCAAGCGAAGAGACAUGGGUAAAUUCUCGAUGGGUGCAGGUUCCCGAUUCUGAAGGAGGGGGAUUAGCUGAGCGGGAAUUCUUGUUUCGUGAGGUUGGGUUAGAGCGAUGGUUGAACGGACUUGAUCUCGAUGGACAAGAUGCAGCUGCAAGGAUCGAAAAGCGUCGACAAAAGUUCGAGAAGCGUCGCAGGCGCAGAAGGGAGGAGAAUGGCAGUGACGACGAGCUCGCAGAUAUGAUGACACCAAGAAAGCGAUCAACAGCACGAGAGGUUUUACGAUAUGGAGCAGAUGAACAAUCGCCCGUCGAAAAAGUUUCAGAUGACGACAGCUUCAGCUCUGACUCAGACGGCGAUGAUACCCUACCAGAAGCUGCAGGACAAAUCAAAGUUGCUAUGUUUCGAGUACUUGCAUCUGGAGAAAUCAAGCGCGGUGAAUACUCUCCACAGUUCGAUGCCCAUGAUGACGACGAGGAAGGAGAGAAGGGCAAUGCAGAAGGGGGAGAUGGAGCAGAUGUUGAUCACACCACAAGUUUUGCAAAACCAAAGACUUUGGAUCCAAAAUCUAUUAGCACACAGACUGUCACUGGCAUAGACGGGCCUGACAGACCUUUUGCGGUAUUCACAUUCUUCUAUCGAGGCGAGCGUAAGUUUUAUCACUAGUUUUAUCACUGAUUUUAUCACGACCCCACUUUCUAACAUGUUACCACAGGCCAAUUGCAAAAGAUGGGCAUUUUACCAAAUUCGAAGCAGGAAAAGAUAACCAGCAGUGCUACAAAACGACGAUCAAGACAAUUGGACUUUGGAAAUCUGGCUCCUCUGAAGUCUACUGGAACUGUUGGAUUUUCCGCCUUUAGAGAUAACGAUACCUCCGCAAAGCGCAACAAAUCUGGAAAGAAGAGUAAUGGUAACACUAAUUUGAUGGAAGACAGUGAUGAUGAUGACGAUGACGAUAACAGGGGGGUAAAGAUGGAAGAAGUGGAUGAUAAGGAUGACCCACAUAAGACUUUGAGUACAGAAGACGCAAAGUUUCAAGGAGAGUUAGCAGAUGGAGUCGGGCGAAUCAAGGUACGGUCAUCUUAUUUGUUUGUGACCUGGGUAUACUAACGUCGAUUCUAGUUGAAACGCCAACAUUCCGGCGGAAAUUUGAAUACCAAUUUGGGCAAAUCUCCUAACUCGGCCAGCAACACGUCUGGCAAUGCUACUCCUGCUACCAAUGGAGACAACAACAGUUUAACUUUACCAAACAGUGUACAUGGAGGAAGUCUUACAAGCGACAACUUUGUGGGCAGUCCUAUGAAGAAACACAGAGCGAGCCUUCUCGGUGACGAGUCUCUAGAGAAACGACUAGCAGGAUACUCAAGUGGUCUUGACGUUGUAGCAGCUGCCGAAGCUGCACAGACUCCCCUUCCCGAACCAGCAAUGAAGGAUGUUGAUGAAGAAGAAUUAUGAUGGCUAGGGGCCACAUAGGAAGGAACACAAAGGAUUUUGAUAUAGACAUCAUGGCAUGAUGAUCUCUACGCUCAUGAGUGUCCCAUCUACCUCUUAAUCUAUCUGAUAGAUUGGAAAGCGAAAACAAGCAUGGCAUGACACGCAGUGAGCGAUAUUUUGUUUUUGGAAGGAAAGGCAGGCUACAAAUAUCAUCAUAUCACAUGAAAAAUAUGAUUUUAUAUUUGUUAGUCUAAGCCUUCACAUAAGAUACUUGUUUCUAUGGAUUGACUGUUUGUUUGCUACGGCGCAGCGCGUCUUGUAAAGUUGUUCUAAUACCCCGCGCGCCUGCACUAUGGUUUAAUGACUGCCUUUAAAGAUGGGUUAUUCGGUGGCUGCUUGGCAACUGCUUCACAGACUGCUUCACGGCGGACGGAGGCUUGGGCGAUGUUUAUUACUUCUUCGAGGAUGGGGAUAGUAGGUAUGCUGGUGAUCAGACAGAAAACAGAUGAGAAGAAUAAUAUCAAUA